UUAAUUUUUUAAAAUAAUUUAAAAAAUAAUUUUUUUAUUAUUUUUUGUCCACGUGGAACUCCACGUCAAUUAAAAAUGGGUCCCACAAAUGUCACGUAGGCAGAUAACGAAUUUUCUGACAAUCUCGCUAACGGAGGGGGCAAAUUGUAGGGUUUUCGCGACGUUAAGAAAGUACUAGUAAAUGUCCCUAAAAUCGAAUAUGAACUCAUAAAUGACCCUAUAGGAUGAGGGGUUUACUGUAACUUGUCCUAAAUUUUUCUUCUAAUUUUUUUGUAAAUUUUUUUCUUCUGAUAUAAUGAGUUUGAUCUUGUGUAACUCUCAGGAUGCCGCAUUCCUUUCCUUAGGUGUGCUAUACGCCUCACAUGAGGAAAUUCGUGCUUCUCCUAAGGAAAGUGAAGAAAUUUCUAGUGUUGAGGGCUCUUCUAAGUGAAAGGGACCGUGAGCUAGAAGAGAAAGACCGUGAGUUGGAAACGUCGAAAAAGACAAUAGCAAACUUGGAAAUACAACUCGAAAAUGUGAGGAACAUUUCUCUCCAUUUUAUGUACUUAAAAUGGUUGGUUUCUCUCUUAUGUUUCUCCCAUUUCAAGUCAUUGACGUGUACAUGAAAGUUUCAAUUGGAGAGACUCCCAAUUCCACUAUUGCUAUUGGAGAGCCUUUUUGUAAGCCGGCUAUUAGUGAUGCUGUAGAGGAGUAUGACAGUGAUGGAGAAGAGGUUGACAAUGAUGCUGACAGUGGUGGAUAGCUUUAGAGAUGCUGAUGUUGUGUUGUUGCUGGGCCAUCUCCUCAAUGCGAAACAAAGGCUUGACAAGGCUUUGGCAGAAGUUAAGAAUGAGCUUGACAGUGUUAUGGCGAAAGCUGAGAAGAUUGAAGGUUUGCAGAUGCAACAGAGGAGGGAGGAGAGAGAGCACUUGAGACAAAUGCUCCAACUUGUAGCCAAAGCCUAUCCCAUCUCUUCCCUGUCGCUUUGUCUCACUCACUCUCAUCGCAUGUCAUCUUCUAUGGUCUCAAUCUUUCAUCCAAAACAUCGCAGCCGCUCCAUCUCCGCUUCAUCUCUACUAGUGCUGUCCGAUAUGAGAUUGGUCAUUGGUGUAUAGCUCUGGAACAAGCCACAAGUGGACAGACUCUUGAAUAUAAGCUUUCUUUGUAAUAACUUUUGUAGCUAAAAUAUUCUCAGUUUUUGGUUGAUAGGUCAACUUAAUUUGACGUUGGCAUAUAAGAAAUUAAACUCAGUUUGCCAAUGUUGAUAGGAACUUGUAUGGCCCGUUUGGUUCAUGGGAAAGGAGACUUGGGAAUGGUAAUCAAUUGCUUUUUCAUGUUU